ACGUGUCUGUCAAACUGUGGCUUUAGAACAAGGAAGCCUAUAACUAGCAAUUAAUGAUCACUGAACUUGUUAUUAUAAAACACUAUCAAUAAUGUGACCAUGAUUUAUAACUCUCCACUGAGACUAUUUCUUUUGAUUCCCUAUUGGGAUAAAUUAUACUAGAUAAAAUUGUAAUACUGAAAAAUCUUAACUGUUUAACUAUGCAUACGUAAGCAGCACUAACUAUUUUUCAAUUAUGUAACAAAUAUUCAAUAGUUCUUAAGAUUUUCACACAAAUUAUUCUAUAAGUAAAAACCAAUAAGUCUUAAUUAACUAAAUAUGAAGAUUAAUUAAUUUGAGUGAUGCUUGUUUCUUUUAAAAGGCUCAACGUUUAGGAAUACAUUGACCACAGAUGGUUCUUGCUCCAAAUUAUAACACUACACUAUCACUGCUUUUGUCUUCCUUAAUUAAACUUUACUUAAAUAAGUUCUGGCAAGGGCAAGGUAAAGAAGGCAGAAAAGUAAACAGUAUAUGAUUGACAAUGAAAUUUCUCUUAACAAUGUAUUUUAUGGACAACCUUACUAUCACAGUUAAAGAUCAUAGCACAAUUAAACAAUCACGGCCCUCAUAAAUAGCUGUCAGUCAGGAUCAAGGUUUUCAUUAAAUUAGUGGCGAUGACAUCGACCUUAUAGUGGGCACUCCUGAAAGAAAAUUGAAAAUGUUUUUCUUAGGCAUUGUGAAGUUUUUGUUACUCGUUGUUACGUGUGAAGCUAUGACCAUGAAACAAAUCAGGAACACGGGCAAAAUGAUGAGGAAAUCGUGUCAGCCUAAAAACAAUGUCGCAGACGAAAAAAUCGACCCACUUGCUGACGGGGUCUUCAUAGAGGAAAAGGAAGUCAAGUGCUACAUGGCCUGUAUUAUGAAGAUGGCUAAUACGAUUAAAAACGGCAAACUAAACUACGAAGCAGCCAUGAAGCAGGCUGACCUUCUGUUACCUGAUGAAAUAAAGGAGAGUGCAAAGGAAGCCAUCACAGCCUGCAGAAAAGUUGCGGACUCUGAAAAGGACAUCUGCGAAGCCUCAUUUAAAACUACAAAAUGCAUCUACAAUGAAAAUCCGAGCAUUUUUUACUUUCCAUAACUUUAAUUUUCUUUUGGUUCGUAUUAAAUUUAUAGUCAAAAAUGUAUCGUAUUUACUUCUGUGUUCGUCAUAAUCAAAAGUUUAUAUUCCAAGUAGGCCGUUUUUCAGGCAAUUUUAAAAUACAAUAAUAUUUUAUUACUUCGGAACCGACAUGACACUCCACAGAAGAUGUUAUCACCGUGGAUCACACUUUUCUACAAGAGAAUCGAAACGUCGCGCA